CACCGCAAGAACCCCUACCCCACCAAGGGCGAGAAGAUCAUGCUGGCCAUCAUCACCAAGAUGACCCUCACGCAGGUCUCCACCUGGUUCGCCAACGCGCGCCGGCGCCUCAAGAAGGAGAACAAGGUGACUUGGGGGGCACGCAGCAAGGACCAGGAGGACGGCGCCCUCUUCGGCAGCGACACGGAGGGCGACCCGGAGAAGGCUGAGGACGACGAGGAGAUCGACCUGGAGAGCAUCGACAUUGACAAGAUCGACGAGCACGACGGUGACCAGAGCAACGAGGACGACGAGGACAAGGCUGAGGGGCCGCGGGCGCCCGCCGCCCCCAGCGCCCUGGCCCGGGAGCAGGGCUCGCCGCUGGCCGCGGCUGACGCGCUCAAGCCCCAAGACUCGCCCCUGGGCCUGGCCAAGGAGGUCCCAGAGCCCGGCAGCACGCGCUUGCUGAGCCCCGGAGCCUUGGCUGUAGGCCUGCAGGGCGCGCAGCACAGCAAGCCCAAGAUCUGGUCGCUGGCGGAGACGGCCACGAGCCCCGAUGGCGCGCCCAAGGCGUCUCCGCCGCCUCCCGCGGGCCACCCGGUGGCGCACGGGCCUGCCACGGGCGCGCCGCUGCAGCACCCCGCCUUCCUGCCCAGCCACGGACUGUACACCUGCCACAUCGGCAAGUUCUCCAACUGGACCAACGGCGCGUUCCUGGCCCAGGGCUCGCUGCUGAACAUGCGCUCCUUCCUGGGCGUCGGCGCGUCCCACGCCGCGCCCCACGGGCCGCACCUGCCCGCGCCCCCGCCGCCGCAGCCGCCCGUCGCCGUCACCCCCGGCCCUCUGCACGUGGACAAGGCCUCGGCGCGCGCCAGCCCUGCGCUACCAGAGAGAGACCUCGUCCCCAGGCCGGAGUCCCCCGCGCAGCAGCUAAAGUCGCCCUUCCAGCCGGUCCGCGACAAGUCUGCCCCGGCCGCUGAACUCCACACUUCUCCACCACGUGUCAGGACGAACGUGGCCUCUGCUUCCGGGACGCUGGUCACCCUCAAGCCUGGACUGCACAGUGCCCACCUCUGUCUGUAGCAGAAGACGACGGCUCUGAUCUCCACGUUGCACGCUUUUAUUUACUUUACCUGUAAUAUGAUUAAUAGACGACUGCUCACAGAUCAAGGCCCAUUCAAAGGGAAUGAGGCUGCCUCACGUGGAACUUGCUGUUUUGAAUCAGUCCGGGGCCCUAUCAAAGUCGGAGUGAUCAUUUCAUGUAAAUCCUGGUGUUCCCAAUCAGUACCUUUUAACUUGUGUGCACCAUUCUUAACUCACCGCAGUUCAAAGGCGCCGACGGUCUCAUUUGUACUACAGAAUUACGUGAUACUUGGUCAGCAGCAGCCCAUGCUGAUGUCUUAAAAUUAACGCAGAAGCUGCUUACAAAGACAUCUCAGGACUCACACGUUGUCCUGCAAAAGGGCCACAGUAGGGACCCACGCUCCUCCUCAGAACCAGGUUUGAAGUGGUCAGGACAGACGCGGACUCUGAACACUAGAGGCAGGCGGUGGGCGGGCUUCAGCAGUGCCUGUGGCUCACACAUUUCUCCUUUCUUUGCUUCGGCAAAUAAAAUGGUUUUACAAA